AUGAGCCGCAUCCCGACGGCACCCCAGCAGACCAUCCCCGUCUCCUCCAGGCGCCGGACAUCCUUCCUCAUCCAAGACAUCCUCUGGGAUGGGGCAGAGAGGGGAGCGCGGCCGGAGCGGGGAGCAUCCUCAGACCAGCUCCGAGGGACACCCCAGGAGGCGGAUGCAGAUGCCACGGCGGUGACCCCCCUGUCCGACUGUGCCCCCCCUCUGCCAGCCCUGCCCAUCGCCCCGCGUCCCCCCAAGCCGGCGAAGCGCUCGCGGGCGGCGUUCUCCCACACCCAAGUCAUCGAACUGGAGCGAAAAUUCAGCCAUCAAAAAUACCUCUCGGCUCCCGAGCGAGCCCACCUGGCCAAAAACCUGCAGCUCACCGAGACCCAGGUGAAAAUCUGGUUCCAGAACAGGAGGUAUAAAACCAAAAGGAAACAAAUCGCUUCGGAAAUCAGCAGAUGGGACAUGCGGCUGGGUGGGCAGAAAGCGACCGAGAUGCCCGGAGCAUUUGCCCGCCCGCCCCCUGCCUCUACUACUUGA